UGUGAGGAAGGGGUGCGUGAGGGGAAAGGGUCGUGGGGAGGCACUCGGGGGGGGUCCCCUCUGUAGUGGCAGCGUGACAUCCGAGGGACUACAACUCCCAGCAGCCCUCGCACGGCGCCGUUUCCGGCGGGGCCUGAGCGGCUGAGAGCGGCACAGAGAAUUCCCCGUUUUGGGGGUCCCAGCCCCCCUGAACCGCUGAUUUUGGGGUCCCAUCCCCAGCGCACCCCCGAUUUUGGGGUGCCGGCCCCCCCAUUUCAGGAUGGACACGUCAGAGCCGGGCAGCGCAGCCGAGGACGAGGAGGAGAAGGUUCCAGAAGUUCGCCCUCGCACCCGCUCCAACCCUGAGGGCGCCGAGGACCGAGCCCUGAGCGGCCCAGGCAGCGCGGGCACCCGGGCAGAGGCCGUGGGCGACCGGGCAGAGGCCGUGGGCAACCGCGGAGACGCCGUGGGCAACCGGAGCGAGGGCGAGGGGGAAGCGGCCAGCGCCGGGCACAGCCCCCCUGGCGGCCCCGGGCAGCCUGGCACGGCCUGGCACGGCCCGGGUAGCGCCCAGCACGGGGAGGUGACCGUGAGAACACCGCGGGUGAACUGCCCCGAGAAGGUGAUCAUCUGCCUGGACCUGGCCGAGGAGAUGGCAGUGCCCAAACUGGAGUCCUUCAACGGGUGCCGCAGCAAUGCCCUGACGGUGGCACAGAAGAUGAUCGAGAUGUUCGUCAGGACCAAACACAAAAUCGACAAAAGCCACGAGUUCGCCCUGGUGGUGGUCAACAACGAUGCCACCUGGCUCUCGGGGUUCACGUCGGACCCACGCGAGGUUUGCAGCUGCCUCUACGACCUGGACACCGUCGUGUGCCAGUCCUUCAGUAUCCUGCCGUGCCACCACCGUGCUAGCCAGCAGAAGGUGGAGCUGCCGGUGACAGACAAUGUCCAGACCAUCCCCCCGCCCUUCGUGGUCAGAACCAUCCUGGUGUUCGGGCGCCCGCGCUGCCAGCCCCACUUCUGUGGGGGCGAGCACGUCAAGAAGCUGCUGCAGUGCCCCUAUUUCUUCUUCGACGUCGUUUACAUCCACAACGGGCUGGAUGAGAAGGAAGACGAGGGCAGCUGGAAGGACAUGUUUGGGUUUUUUGGCAGCCUGGACACCAAAGGCACCAACUACAAGUAUGAGGUGGCUCUAGCGGGGCCGGCGCUGGAGCUGCACAACUGCAUGGCCAAGCUGCUGGCGCAUCCCCUGCAGCGGCCCUGCCAGAGCCACGCCUGCUACGGGCUGCUGGACGGGGACAGCCCCGAGGGGGACACCAGCAGCUGAGGGACUGCCACCGCCUGAGGGGACAGCCCCCAAGGCCAGGCCACCCUCUGAGGGGCCAGCCCAGUGCAAAACGCCAAUCCCCGUUUUAAAUGUAAAACUUGGUCAGAACUGAGCUGGCUCCAGACCCUGCAGUGUGAAUGCAGAAAUGCAGAUUGGACAUUUGGGAUUCAGGACACCACGAGACAAUAAAACCCGAGAGUUUGGAUGGCCCGGGAGCCUCUUUGUGAGCAAAAUAAACCUGAAAAAGAGACACAAAAA